AUGCAACAUCCAAGUGAUAGUGGCAAUUGUUUUAGAUUGGAGGUCCUUGAUGAAGUGAUUGACACAACUAAGAGUCAGAUGCAUGUAAAAUCCUCUCUUGAGAUAGUUUUGACUGAUUCUUGUGAUAAUUUGACUCUUGAAGAGGAAGCCAAAGUGAAAGAAGUCACUAUGCAGUUGGAAAAGACUAGAGAAGUAUCUUCCACUCAUGCUAAAGUGGAGAAUUUGACAAAGGAGAAAUCUGAUGAUCAAGGUAAACUUGAGUUGAAAAUAUUGCCAGAUCAUCUCAAGUAUGCCUUCUUAGAAGAAGAUUGUAAGAAACAGGUGAUAAUUAGCAUUGCACUUUCGCAGUUUGAAGAGCAUAGGCUUUUGGAGGUGCUCAAGGCAAAUCAAAGGGCUAUAGCCAUUUUUGCUGAUUUGGUUGAGAAGAGUAUUGAGGUAUUUAUGGACGAUUUCUCUAUUUUUGGUCCAUCUUUUGAUUCAUGCCUUGAGAACUUGGAUGUGGUUUUGAAAAGAUGCAUUGACACAAACCUUGUGCUAAAUUGGGAGAAGUGCCAUUUUACGGUGAGAGAAGGUAUUGUGUUGGGCCAUAAAGUCUCUUCCAAGGGAAUUGGUGAUGAUCAUGCUAAGGUGGAUGUCAUUGAUAAAUUACCACCUCCAACAAAUGUCAAAGGGGUUAGAAGUUUUCUUGGUCAUGGAAGUUUCUAUAGAAGAUUUAUCAAAGAUUUCUCCAAGAUUGCUAAACCCCUGUGUAAUCUCCUUGUUAAAGAUGCUCCUUUUGAGUUUGAUGGUGAGUGUUUGCAAGCUUUUAAUAGCUUGAAGGAGAAAUUAGUUUCUGCCCCAGUGAUAAUUGCACCAAUUUGGACUCAAGAAUUUGAGUUGAUGUGUAAUGCUACCGAUUAUGCCAUUAGGUCUGUUCUUGGUCAGAGAAAAGAGAAAGUUUUUCAUGCCAUAUAUUAUGCCAGCAAAGUCUUGAAUAGUGCUCAGCUUCAUUAUGCCACAACAGAGAAGGGGUUUUUGGCCAUUGUCUAUGCACUGGAGAAGUUUAGACCUUACCUUAUUGGGUCUAAAGUGAUCAUCUAUACAGACCAUGCUGCCAUAAAGUAUUUGUUGUCCAAGCCUGACUCCAAGCCACAGUUGAUUAGAUGGGUUCUCUUAUUACAAGAGUUUGAUUUGGAGAUUAGGGACAAGAAAGGGAGUGAGAAUGUUAUUGCAUAUCAUCUUUCUCGGUUGGUAAAUGAUGAAGUUACAUGCAAAGAGAGGGAGAUUUGUGAGACUUUUUGUGAUGAAAGCUUGAUGCUCAUUCAACAAAGGCCAUGGUUUGCAGAUAUGGCUAAUUUUAAAGCUGCUAGUCUUGGUGCUGACAAUCUUUUGAGGCGGUGUGUCACUGCAAAGGAAGCUGCAGUGGAUUAUGUUAGCAAAUGGGUGGAAGCAACUACUUGCCAAAAGAAUGAUGCCAAAACAGUUAUCAAGUUCUUGAAGAGACAAAUUUUCUCAAGGUUUAAAGUUCCUAGGGUCCUCAUAAGUGAUGGUGGAUCCCAUUUUUGUAAUGCUAAGUUAGCCAAGGUUUUGAAACAUUAUGAGGUUAGGCACAAAAUAGCCUCUCCUUAUCAUCCUCAAACCAAUGACCAAGCUGAAGAGUCAAAUCGGGAGAUAAAGAGAAUUCUUGAGAAGAUUGUGGCAUCAUCCAGAAAGGAUUGGUCGGUGAAGCUUGACGAUGCUCUUUGGGCAUAUAGAACAGCCAUGAAAAUACCUGUGGGGUUGUCACCGUUCCAAUUAGUAUAUGGCAAAUCUUGUCAUCUGCCAGUGGAGAUGGAGCAUAAGGCUUAUUGGGCCUUGAAAUUUCUUAACUCUGAUUCAUCUUUUUCUACAGAGAAAAGGAAGUUGCAGUUGUAG